AUGGAGAGUUACAGCAUCGCCAUCAUUGGCGCUGAUGCUGUAGGCAAGUCAACCUUCGUUCAGCAGGCUCUGGGCUUGGACAGUCCACUAGCCACGACCCCAUCCACCAUUCGCCUGGUGCUUGACCAAGUCACGUACUCGGUGACGCUUCACGAGCUGCAUCUCCAACAUUGCGAACUGAACGCAUCCCCACCCAUGCAAUGGCCCAAGCAGGUCGACGGCCAUGUCGCGCCUCGUUUUGACGCCGUUUUACUGUUAUACGAUGUCAUGUCUCAAGCGUCUCUUCGCCCUCUUGCCGACACCAUUGCCUCUCUCACAGAUUUCGGCCUUCCUGCCCUGCUGGGUGCCUGCAAGUGCGACUGUCCGGAAACCGACUGGGAUGUGCACGCCGACGAUGUAGCCAAGCACAAGCUCUUCAAGCCUUGCAUCGGCCACUACAAGAUCUCCAUAGACCGACCGGAAAUUUCCAGGGCUUGUCUGCAAGGCGUCGUUCGAGCUGCCAUCAUGAAUAGACGGGACGAGACGGGUGAAACGGUUCCGAGAAGGCGAGCCAAAUCCGCUAUACAUUUCGAAGCACCCGAUGCUGCGGGAGGAAGACCAAUCAGUGAGCAUAGCAAGCACAGUCGUGCUAGCUCCGACUUUGCCAUUUUACGAUCAUUUCCCAGCCAGCAGCCCACCGAGAUUAAUCUUCGAACCCAGGCUUCAACAAAUCCUCGAACAGGAUGUCGUCUUGAUAAAUCAACAAAUGACUCCUUUUUCGACGCUGAACCGGACUCCAACGACAUCCCUAUCCUGCAACGCGGGGAUGAAGCCAUAUUAGAGAAGCCCAGGAUUACGGGCGUCACCUUCGAGGAAUUGGUCGAUCGAUUACUAGCCCCUCCACUAUCGAGGGUGGACAACAACUUCUCAGACAUCUUCUUGUGUCUAUAUCGAAAGUUCGCCGCUCCGGGAAAGCUCUUCUCGGCAAUCCUGCUGCGGUUGGACAAGGUCCGAGACGACAAAGCUGCACACUACCUCACUAAAACGGCAACUCAACUGCGAAUCAUCGAGGUCGUCGCCAAAUGGGUCUCCCUCUAUCCUGGGGACUUUGGGAGUCCUGCCACAAGGCGAAACUUGGAGGACUUUAUCAAACAUUUGUCUACGGAGCCCAUCUUCUCCAUUGCUGCCCAGGAAAUGCGUCGAAACCUCCACUUGAACGUAGUCGAAGAUGAUGAUACGGGUUGGGCACACUCUGACAACUCUGUCGAUGAAAUUGCCAGUAGAAUACUAUUCAAGGAGGUAAAUGAUCUUUCCGAGGGAAUCGGCACAGUGCAAUACAACGCAGAAGCUGAUGGAUUACCUGGAGGCACGGAAAGCAAUUGGGCCGAUUGGGGAAGCAGGACGGGCCAUCAUCUUCAGUUCAAUUCAUACGAGGAGUACGAAAGGCAGGCCUUACUGCUGGAGCCGUCUGAUCACCUGCCGAUGAACAAGCUUCGCUAUCACAUCUUUAUAGAUAUCGGUGACGAUGAUAUUGCCGAUGAGAUCACGAGAAUUGACUGGAUAAUGUUCUCUUCCAUACGAGUUCGCGACUUUUUCCGGCAUGUCAACUUGUCCGCAAACCAAAAGGUCAAAUGCAAGGGCUUGCGGAAUGUGAAUCGCAUGGUCAACCACUUCAAUCACAUCGCCAAAUGGGUGGCAAACAUGAUCCUGUUGCGCGACAAAGCAAAGCACCGGGCUCAAAUGAUGGAGAAAUUCAUGAACAUUGCGCUAAAACUGCGACAGCUAAACAACUACCACGGACUGGCUGCCGUGCUGGCAGGGAUCAACGGAACCGCGAUUCACCGAUUGGCACAGACUCGCGCCCUCGUGUCUGCUGACGUGCAGAAGCGAUUCGCGAGACUUGUCAUCCUCAUGGGGACCCAAAAGAGUCACUUUGCGUACAGACUGGCAUGGGAAAACUCACCUCUGCCGCGGAUCCCCUUCAUGCCUUUGCAUAGACGGGAUUUGGUCUCUGCCGAGGAAGGUAGCAAGACGUUUGUUGGGCCUGAUGUUGACCGCGUCAAUUGGAAAAAGUUUGAGGUAUUGGGUGAGGUUCUAUUGCCCAUCAUGAAAAGCCAGGGGACGGUCUAUCCAAACUUGGCAAAGCAUGACAUUGCAAGAGAUCUCAUUCUGGGCUGCCGUAUGCCCAUGGAUGAUGAGGAAAUUUACCAACGAAGUCUGCAAGUGGAGAGCUGCUCGUCAGGGCCGAUAGAACCGAGUAAGAAGAAGUUUCCGUGGUUUGCCAAAUAA